AAUACAGGAACCAUGUCUAUGUAAUACCAGGUCCCACUGUAGCUGCAUAAAGUCUGAGGACAACUGUGCAACAGUGCAUGAUGGCGUACGUGUCUCUGUGCUGUUUAGCGGUGACGCUGUUUUGCUGCAUUGCUACUAACAAUGCCAAUAUUCCACAUGAGAGGGAGGUCGAGUUGGAAUUGGCUGAACGAAUACUAGAUCUCUUAGAGGAUAAUGAGAAGCGGAUGAACAAGAAAUAUCCCGACCAAACACCAGAAGAUUUAGUCGCUGAAGCAGAAAGAAAAGGGCAAGAGGCUCUGACCGAAGACUAUGAACUAAAAUAUCAUCAUUACGUUACCGGUACAGACAAGCUCUCUGACGGCACCUCCUAUGCUGAUGCACAAGCCGCUGUUGCGUAUAUAGACUACACCCCAGCCCAUGCAGAGGAGCUUGACAAUAAGACGACGGUCGCCCUCAAUGCACUGAAAUAUAUAUUAGACGAAACUGAUAUAAGCCUGGACGACCUGUUAAAAGCUGAUCAUCAGUAUAAGAAGGGAAUCCUUGAGGCAUGGGAAAAAACAUUUCACCCAGAAAAAUACCGUGAAUGUACAGUCGAAGAAAAAAACGCUGCGUAUCGGCCUAUUGACGGAUCUUGUAACAACGUUGACCAUUAUGAUUGGGGAAAGUCCAUCACAGCUAGAAGCCGGUUUAUAUCGAAGCCAGCCUACAGUGACCAGCAUGGCCUUACCAGCCCGCGAAAGGCCAAAAAUGGUAACGAACUCCCAUCGGCACGGAGUGUGAGUAUAGCGUUCGCGAGAUAUACACAAGACCUGGAAAAUACCCCACUUGAUGACCUGAGAACAGUAGCGUUGACCGGAUGGGGUCAGUACCUCGAUCACGAAAUAACCGAUACAGCACUGUCUAGUGGCUACGGUGGAGCUGUCAUUGAAUGCUGUCCACUUAGCAAGGAAGAGAGAGCCAAAAGGCCCCAGUGUAUCGACAUCGCCAUUCCCGAGGACGAUCCGAAAUUCACAAAUGAUUCAUGCAUGGAGUGUGUCCGGUCAGCUGGGACCCUAACGGAUUUUAGAGUUCCAGGUCCCAGACAACAGAUCAAUGACAUCACAGCCUUCAUAGACGGUUCCAGUUCUUACGGCAGUGAAGAUGAACGAGCGGACGAAUUAAAGGAUAAGACAACAGGCAAACUGUUGGAGAAAAGACCUGGCUUCCCUCCUGAGGAUACAGACCCAGAUGCAUGUGUUAAGAAGUUCACUCUUGAGAACUAUUACUGUCCUAAGGCUGGAGAUAGAAGAUCCAGCGACAUCUCUCAUCUGACCGUUUACCAUGUUCUCUUUUUGAGAGUUCACAAUGAUCUCGUUGAGAAACUGCAGGACAUGCAUUCCAAUUGGAAACCCGAACGGCUAUACCAGGAGGCGAGGAAGAUUGUUGGUGCGAUCCUUCAACAGAUUACCUAUAACGAGUGGCUUCCUCUCUUCAUCGGACAGGACAUGAUGAGGAAACACAAACUUACCCUUGGGGGACCGUUUCGGUAUGACAAAAAUCUGAAUCCCUCUAUAACUAACGAACUCGCCACUGCGGCCCUUCGCAUCGGUCAUACCCUGGUUACAGGCUCCAUGAAGCGAAUGAACAGUUCUUUCGACAUAAUGGAAGAACAACAGAAUCGAAACGCAUUUUUGGACCCUUAUCUAACCUUCAGGAAUGCACCAGAGGUCAUGAGGUGGAUGACAACAGCACCAGCACAAAAGAGCGACAGGUUUAUCAACCUCGACUUUAUCGAUUUCCUUUUCUCCAACGUGGAUGCGUCUUCCCCUCUUGAUCUGAUGUCAUUGAAUAUCCAGAGGGGGCGUGAUCAUGGGUUGGCUUCAUAUGCGGACGUUUAUGAGAAAUGUGGCUUUGGGACUAUUGAUGACUGGGACAGCCUGAAUCAUCAUACCCUUGACGUAAGGGAGGCUCUGAAGAAAGCGUAUCCUGGCGUGUCGGCUAAGGACAUAGAUCUUUUUCCAGCUGGAAUAUCAGAGACGAUUACUGAUGAAGGCGGCCAGUUAGGUCCAACAUUUGCUUGUAUCUUUGCGGACCAAUUCAAACGUAUCAAGUUCGGUGACCGGUUCUGGUAUGAAAACGAUAAAAAAGCAACUCCAGGUUCUAAAGCCCCAUUCAAGAGUUCUCAAAUUGAGGCAAUUAGGGAGGUGAAGCUAUCCAAACUGAUCUGUCAGCACUACGGCCUAACUGAAAUACAAGAGGAUGCAUUCAUACAACCUGGAGUUGGUGAUAGAAAAAGCUGUUCAGAUAUACCUGGACUUGACUUGACCCCAUGGACCAAGGAAGGGGAGGAUUGAUGUCCAGGCCGUACUCAUCUAUGUAGAAGCUUACCUGUAGAAACUUAAUAAAGUAGUAUGCUUUGAUUGCAAAUGCUAUGCUAUCAGUUUUUAUAACAAUAUUCCAGCUUUUUUUCUUGUCUAAUACCUAGUAAAUAUUAUGAAGCAUGCAAAACGAUUUGAAAUAAAGUUUAUUUGA